AUGGAAGUCGGGGAACACGACCGACGGUUCGAUUCACUGAAUAAGCUCUGCCAAUCAACCUCAUCCCAGGAGGCUAAAUUUGAUAACUGCCCCUUCGAUCUCAAUGUGGAAUCUGACCCUGUCCCGGAUUUAUCGUGUCCGACGCCGGCCGAACCUACCGGAAUAUUUAUGGUUUCGGCAUGGGAUAGAGGUUCAAUUGAACAAAUUACACCUCAGGAUGAUGAUGAAAUGGAUUUCCAAACCCCUACGGAGCAGCAUGUUUGCUCCUCUGAAGACAAAAUAUUUAUGCUGGAGAACCCACAGUCGUCGAUCUUGGAGGAAUUGGAUAAUGACUCUGUGUUGGAGAAGAGAGGAGUUUCUGAGGAGGAUGUGGAAAUGGAAUGGGAUGUUGAAACCAUGCCUAUUGGUGAGAAGGCAUGUAAAGAUACGAGUGGGGAUGAAGAUUUCGGUAUUUGUAUGAAUAUGGAACGAAUAGACAAGUUUAAGUAUAUUAAUGGUGGCAGUACUGAGAGGAAACGGAAGGAGAGAAUUUGUGGAGUUGACAGUCGUGUUGGUACAAGGCGUGAGUUGCCAUCAUCAAUGAAGUGUAAAGAGAAGAAUACUGGAAGCAGGGAGGUUGUAGGGAAUGUUGGGAUGAAGAAUGGAGUUUUCUAUGAUUUAUUGGAACUUUCGAAGCCUGUCUUUUCCAAAGUGGAUAGUGACUCAGACUCAGAGGAUGUGGAUUUCUUGGAGAGAGCUAAGAGAUUGUAG